CCCAUAGUUCCAACAGGCUCCUGCUUCUUGCCGCAGUCAGUUCACCACAAACCUCAUCAACAGACACCAUGGUCCACUGGUCAGCUGAAGAGAAGGCCGCCAUCAAUGCCGUGUGGAGCAAGCUUGAUGCUGCCCAUGAUGGCGGGGAUGCCCUCAGCAGGCUGCUGAUUGUUUACCCCUGGACUCAGAGGUAUUUCAGCAGCUUUGGAAACCUUUCAAACGCUGCUGCCAUUAUUGGAAAUGCCAAGGUUCAGGCUCACGGCAAGAAGGUCCUGGGCGCUAUUGGCCAAGCUACCCAGCAUCUGGAUGAUGUGAAAGGCUUCCUGGCCAAGCUCAGCAAGUCUCACGCCGAGGAACUCCAUGUGGACCCUGAGAACUUCAAGCGCUUUGGAGAGGUUCUCGUGGUCGUUGUUGCCUUAAAGCUGGGAGCUGCUUUCUCCCCUGAUGCCCAGGCGGCUUGGGAGAAGUUUACUGCUGUUCUGGUGGCUGCACUGAGCCACGGCUAUUUCUAAACCUGUAAUACACGUUACCUGUUCUGGCAGCUGUAAACAUCACAGUAUGGGCACCAAAGACCAUCUGUAACUGCUUCACUGAGUCUGAUUGUCAAUAAAAACCAUUUUAUAUAAAUAUAAA